AGUACAACAACCACUCAUAUACUCUAUGGUUUCUCUAUAACAGAUCCUUCCUUCUCUACACAGAGUCCAAAAAUUGAAACUUUCAUAUAAAGAACUGUUUUUUUUCAAAUCAAACUCUGUUCCCGCAGAUCAUUACAUCGUUCCUGGUCGAACCAAUUGACGAAAUCUCCACCGUCAAGCUCUCUACCAUCACUGUCUUCUGUUAAGUUUCCGACGAACUUAACGGUGAACAAAACCGGACAGUACCAGUCUCUGGCCGUAAUUUCGCUGGAGACCCUUUGUUACGAGUAGAAUCACUUCCCCAUUUCUAAUUUCCGGCGAACCGGAUCCGAAUUCUCCGGCUAACCGGAGAUGAAGUUCAUGGAAUUAGGGUCCCGACCUGACACAUUCUACACUGUGGAAGCUGUAAGGUCAGUGUCUUCUGAUUUGAUGAAUGAUCUUAUCAUACAAGUCAAAUCCACCAAAUAUCUUCUUCACAAGUUUCCGAUGUUAUCAAAAUGCUUGCGUUUGAAGAACGUAGUCUCUUCUCAAUCAUUAGAAACCGAAACCUCCCAAGAACAGCAAGUGAUUCAACUCGUUGAUUUCCCCGGCGAAACAGAGGCUUUUGAGCUCUGUGCUAAGUUCUGUUACGGCAUCACAAUCACUCUUUGUGCUCACAAUGUUGUUGCGGUACGUUGUGCAGCAGAGUAUCUCGGGAUGACGGAAGAAGUGGAGCUCGGGGAGACUGAGAAUCUUGUUCAAAGGCUUGACCUUUUCUUGAAUUCUUGUGUCUUCAGAAGUUGGAGAGACUCUUUUAUUACACUUCAGACAACAAAGGUGUUACCUUUAUGGUCUCAAGAUCUUGGGAUCACAGACCGAUGCAUCGAGGCAAUUGCCAACGGUGUAACUCUAUCCCCUGGUGAGGAGUUUUCGACACAAUUGGAGACGGGUUUGUUGAGAAACAGGUCAAGAAGAAGAAGAGAUGAAAGCAUGUGUAAUGGUGGAGUAAGUAAGGGGGCAGAGAGUUUGAGGUGGUGGGGAGAAGAUUUAGCUGAUUUGAGUUUAGAUCUUUACAGGAGAACAAUGGUAGCGAUAAUAUCAUCAAACCGGAGUAUAUCUCCAAGAUUAAUCGGGAAUGCUCUUAAGAUCUAUGCAUCUAAAUGGCUACCGAGUAUUGAAGAAAGCUCUGCAGAUUCAAAUCUUGUUUUGGAAUCUGUUAUUUCUCUUCUGCCAGCGGAAAAAUCUGCUGUUCCUUGCAGUUUCUUGCUUCGGCUACUAAAAAUGGCAAAUGUUAUGAAUGUUUCGUCUUCUUCGAAGAUGGAACUCGCGAUAAAAGCCGGGAAUCAACUGGAUAAGGCAACCGUUAGCGAGCUGUUGAUACCGUUACCGGAUAAGUCAGGUAUGUUAUACGAUGUAGAUGUUGUGAGGAUGAUGGUGAAGCAGUUUCUGUCUCAGAUUGGUACUGAGAUAAGGCCAACAAGAACAAGAACAGAACAUAGAAGGUCUUGUUCUGAAGAAAACAUCAAUUUGGAAGAGAUACAAGAGAUUAGAAGAUCUCUAUCUAUUUCUUCUUCUCCUCCAUUGUUGUGUAAAGUAGCAAAGCUUGUUGAUUCGUAUCUUCAAGAGAUUGCUAGAGAUGUGAAGUUAACAGUGUCCAAGUUUGUUGAACUGGCUGAAUCAAUACCUGAUGGUUCAAGGAUUUGUCAUGACGAUUUAUACAAAGCUAUUGAUGUCUUUCUCAAGGUUCAUCAAAAGAUUGAAAAGUGUGAGAGAAAGAGGUUAUGCAGAAUCUUGGACUGCAAGAAACUAUCAGUAGAGGCAAGCAAGAAAGCUGCACGGAACGAGCUGCUUCCGUUGAGAGUGAUCGUGCAAAUCCUCUUUGUCGAGCAAGCACGAGCCACAAUUGCUACAACAGCAAACAAUAUCACCAGGAAUGAAACAGCGGUUUUAAAGAGAAGCUUUACAACGAGAAGAGAAGAAACAGUAGAAGAAGAAAGAGAUGAAAUCAAACCAAUCGGAGGGUUUCAAAGCACACCUUCUAGGUUUAUGGCGCUUUGUGCGAUCCCGAGACAACCUAAGAAGAUGUUAUGCAAGUUGUUGUCGAUCAGUAGGAGUUUAAGUCAACGAAUUUAAGAAGUAUUGAUGGUGUGAGUAUUUUUUUUCAUACUGGUUUCUUGUUGCUCAAGUCAAAUUGUCUUUGUCCUCCCUGUGAAUUUGGUUCUGAACAAUUCAUUUGUCACAUGACAUUGUAUGACCCAACAAUAAAGAGAAUAUAUAUAUAAUCUUUAUUUGAUAAAAUUUGUU